AUGCCCGACAGUCAAGUGGGCGAAAGUUUUGCCCGACGGGUUGAUGUGAAACGGGACGAAUGUGCUGACCGAAAGCGCCGCGGCGAGGCGGCGAGGCGGCUCGUCGAGUCCGGCCGUCGGGGGGCGAGUUGGGAAUGCGUGACGGCUCGAGGGGAGAACGGAGAGCCGCGCCUCCCUCCGCCACGGAAAUGCCAGUUUGCCCACAAAAGACGCGUACACUUUGUCGUUCCCCACCAACCUUGGCGACUAAAUGGCCCGAACUGGCCAUUCAACUUUGACCACUUUUCAUUGAUGGAGUGA